CCCAUUCGUAAGAUACCUCUCGUAAAGUUCGACUUCCAGAUCCCCUUCGUUGGGAAAGAGAGAGAGAGAACCGAUUCUAGAGAGAGAAAGAGACAACUAGUCGCCAUGGCCAUGGCGAUUAGGGUUUUUCUCCUUCUUCUGCUGUUCUUAUCAUCGUCAUACCUUUCAUAUGCCCUCUACGAAGAUCAAGUCGGACUUAUGGACUGGCAUCAACAGUACAUAGGAAAAGUAAAGGACGCAGUGUUUCACACUCAAAAGACAGGACGAAAGCGCGUCGUGGUAUCCACUGAAGAGAACGUUGUUGCAUCGCUUGAUCUCCGCCGUGGCGAGAUUUUUUGGAGACAUGUCCUUGGGACUAACGAUGCCAUUGAUGAAAUUGAUAUCGCACUUGGAAAAUAUGUCAUUACCCUUUCUUCAGGGGGAAGUAUUUUAAGAGCAUGGAACCUUCCUGACGGGCAGAUGGUGUGGGAGUCUCUCCUACUGGGCUCAAAAGCGUCAAAAUCUUUAUUAUCAAUUCCGAAAAAUUUAAAAGUCGACAAGGACAGUGUGAUCAUUAUUUACAGUAAUGGGUGUCUGCACGCUGUUUCAAGCAUAGAUGGCGAGCUUCUUUGGAAGAAGGAGUUAGCAACUGAAGGCAUUGAGGUUCAGCAGUUAAUUCAGCCUCUUGGAAGUGAUAUAAUAUAUGCUGUAGGAUUCGUUGGUUUGUCCCAGUUUGACGUUUACCAAAUUAACCCAAGAAAUGGCGAGUUGAUGAAGCACAACAGUGCAGCGUUACCUGGUGGCUUCUCUGGAGAAAUAGCAGUAGUUGCAAGCGACACACUGGUGAUGUUGGAUUCCGCAGGAUCAAUUUUGGUAUCAGUAAGCUUCAGGAAUGGAGAAAUUAGUUUUUACCAGACGCAAGUUUCAGAUCUCAUUCAGGAUUCUACUGCAAUGGCAGAGAUAUUGCCUUCUAAGCUUACGGGGAUGUUUGUUUUAAAAAUCAGUUCAACUAUAGUACUUAUAGAAGUGACAAAUGAAGGCAAGCUAGAGGUAGUGAACAAAUUUGGUGAUGCUGCAGCUGUUAGUGAUGCUCUUUCAUUAUCAGAGGGCCAAGAAGCUUUGGCACUAGUUCAGCAAGGAGGUAGUAAGAUUCACCUCACCGUGAAGCUUGUUAAUGAUUGGAGUAAUGAUUUGCUUAAGGAGAGCAUUGAGCUGGAUCACCAGAGGGGACAUGUGCAUAAGGUCUUCAUUAACAAUUAUGUUCGAACAGACAGGUCUUAUGGAUUUAGGGCUUUGAUUGUCAUGGAAGAUCAUUCUCUGUUGUUACUGCAACAAGGUGCGAUUGUCUGGAGUAGAGAGGAUGGGCUUGCUUCAAUUAUAGAUGUAACAGUAUCGGAAUUACCUGUUGAAAAGGAUGGUGUAUCUGUAGCAAAAGUGGAGCACAGCCUUUUUGAAUGGCUCAAGGGACACAUGCUGAAGCUUAAAGGAACUCUAAUGCUUGCAAGCCCCGAAGAAGUAGUAGCUAUACAAAGAAUAAGGUUAAAAAGCUCUGAGAAAAGCAAAAUGACCCGAGAUCACAAUGGUUUCCGGAAGUUGCUCAUUGUACUUACUAAGGCAGGGAAACUUUUUGCUUUGCACACAGGAGAUGGACGAGUUGUCUGGUCUCACUUACUGCAUUCUCUUCGGAAAUCAGAAGGAUGUGAAUUUCCCACUGGGCUUAAUUUAUAUCAGUGGCAGGUCCCUCAUCAUCACGCAUUGGAUGAGAAUCCAUCUGUUCUUGUAGUUGGCAGAUGUGGACUUAGUUCAAAUGCCCCCGGUGUUCUUUCUUUUGUUGAUACUUAUACAGGGAAGGAGCUUAAUUCUUUGGGCCCUGAUCAUUCUAUUGUGCAAGUUAUUCCACUGCCAUUUACUGAUUCAACGGAACAACGCCUCCAUCUACUGAUAGAUGCUGGACAGCAUGCCCAUUUAUACCCCAGAACUCCAGAGGCUAUUGAUAUAUUCAAUCGUGAGUUUGCGAACAUAUACUGGUACUCCAUUGAGGCUGAUAAAAGCAUUAUGCGGGGUCAUGCUUUGAAGAACAAAUGUAUUCUCGAGGUAGCAGAUGAAUACUGUUUUGAGUCCAAGGAUUUAUGGUCAAUUGUAUUUCCCUCAGAGUCAGAAAAGGUCAUUGCAACCGUGACAAGAAAAUUGAAUGAGGUGGUUCAUACUCAAGCGAAGGUAAUAGCAGAUCAAGAUGUGAUGUAUAAAUAUAUAUCAAAAAAUCUGCUUUUUGUGGCUACCGCUGCUCCUAAAGCCAUUGGUAAAAUUGGUUCAGUAACCCCAGAGGAAUCAUGGCUAGUCGUAUAUCUUAUUGAUACUGUAACUGGUCGUAUACUGCACCGCAUGACUCAUCAUGGUUCGCAGGGUCCUGUCCAUGCAGUUUUUAGUGAGAACUGGGUUGUCUACCACUACUUCAAUCUAAGAGCACACAGAUAUGAGAUGGCAGUCAUUGAGAUCUAUGAUCAGUCCCGAGCGGACAACAAAGAUAUUUGGAAGCUUGUUCUUGGAAAGCAUAAUCUUACUUCACCUGUGUCUUCGUAUUCUCGUCCUGAGGUCAUAACAAAGUCACAGUCUUAUUUCUUCACCCAUUCUGUGAAAUCAAUGGCAGUCACAUCCACAGCCAAGGGCAUAACUUCCAAGCAGCUUCUUAUUGGCACUAUUGGCGAUCAGGUUUUGGCACUUGAUAAGCGUUUUCUCGACCCUCGUCGCUCAAUCAACCCCACACAAGACGAGAAAGAGGAAGGGAUUAUACCCUUAACGGAUUCUUUACCAAUCAUUCCACAGUCUUAUGUGACACACGCCCUUAAAGUGGAAGGCCUGAGAGGCAUAAUUACAGUACCUGCAAAGCUGGAGUCAACCACCAUUGUCUUUACAUAUGGAGUGGAUCUCUUUUUAACCCAGCUGGCACCUUCACGGACCUACGAUUCGCUUACGGAAGAUUUCAGCUACGCUCUGCUUCUCAUUACAAUUGUUGCCCUUGUCGUGGCAAUUUUUGUAACGUGGGUUUUGUCCGAGAGGAAAGAACUGCAGGAGAGGUGGAGGUGAGGCUAAGUCUGUCCUCCAAUCCGUUUUUAGUCCCUCAUAACUUUUUUCCCUCUUUAGGGUACUUCUUAAUUUUUGAAUUAGGCUGUCCUCUCCUAAGUUGUAAUUUUAUAUAAUUUUGUAGCAUGCACUUUUCCCUUGUUUUUCUUAUUCCAUUUUAUUUAAAAAUUUAAAAAUUUUAGUGGCGCUCGAUGUUGUAAAUCCAGAUUUUCUGGAGAAAAGGUUCCCGGAAUAUGUAACGAGUUCAGUUGCAACCUGGAAAUUAGUUGUUUACAAGUUGAAUUUUCCAUUGUAUUCUCGAAUUCCAAGGUGUUGUAUAGACAUGGUUUUGUUAAUUUAGUUGAAGAAUGGAUUAGACAUCAAAUACAA